CAUGGAUCGCGAUGCAUUUUUUCGAACCCAAAUGUCAACUAAUUGUCAUUCCACAAUAGCCAAUUCGAACGGCAACAACACUACCCCCACUGCUAUUCACAUGAACUCUUUGGCCAUACGCUUUUGAAAAUAUUUUCACAGCUGCUAUUUGUGAGUUAAACAUCGCAGCGCCACAAAAUUCACAAACACAAUUGAAAAUUAAAUCAAAGCAAAGGAGUAGCACCAUUGGAGGAAACAGCCUGUAAAAAGCAUGGAUGUCAACGAAUAUCGGCGGCGGGGCAAGGAGAUGGUGGACUAUAUAGCAGACUAUUUGGAAAAUAUUCGUGACCGUCGCGUCUUCCCCGAUGUCAAACCGGGUUACAUGAGGAGUUUGCUGCCCGAGUUUGCGCCAAUUGAAGGUGAAAAUUGGGAUGCCAUAUUCGCCGAUGUAGAACGCGUCAUUAUGCCGGGUAUCACCCAUUGGCAAAGUCCACAUAUGCAUGCUUACUUUCCAGCACUCAAUUCCUUCCCUUCACUCUUGGGCGAUAUGUUAGCCGACGCCAUCAACUGUUUGGGUUUCACAUGGGCCAGUUCACCCGCCUGCACAGAGCUCGAAGUGAUUGUGAUGAAUUGGCUGGGUAAAAUGAUCGGUUUGCCCGAUGAUUUCUUACAUUUGCACAACAAAAGUCCAGGCGGUGGUGUCAUACAGACGACGGCAAGUGAAGCUACACUGGUGUGUUUGCUAGCGGGACGAACGCGCGCUAUUCAGCGCUUCCACGAGCAGCACCCCGGCUUUCAGGAUGCGGAAAUCAAUGCACGAUUAGUUGCCUACUGCUCCGAUCAAGCUCACUCGAGUGUGGAGAAAGCAGCAUUAAUAGGACUUGUGCGUAUGCGUUUCAUUGAGGCCGAUGACAGCUUGGCAAUGCGUGGCAAAGCGUUACGCGAAGCUAUCGAGGACGACAUUAAGCAAGGACUUGUGCCAUUUUGGGUUUGCGCCACCUUGGGUACCACAGGCUCAUGUUCCUUCGACAAUUUAGAAGAGAUCGGCACUGUUUGUCGCGAUUUCAAUAUUUGGCUUCAUGUUGAUUCCGCAUACGCGGGCAGCGCUUUCAUUUGUCCUGAAUUUCGCACCUGGCUAAAGGGCAUCGAGCGAGCAGAUUCAAUUGCCUUCAAUCCAUCUAAGUGGUUGAUGGUACACUUUGAUGCAACGGCGAUGUGGAUUAAGGACAGUACCGCCAUACAUCGCACUUUCAAUGUGGAGCCGCUCUAUUUACAACACGAGAAUUCAGGUGUCUCCAUCGAUUAUAUGCAUUGGCAAAUACCGCUGAGUAGACGCUUCCGCGCCUUAAAAGUAUUCUUCGUAUUGCGCUCGUUCGGCAUAAAAGGCCUGCAAAAGCAUAUACGCGAAGGAGUUCGUUUGGCGCAGAAAUUCGAGGCGCUGGUACUGGCUGAUCAUCGCUUCGAGAUACCAGCAAAAAGGCACUUGGGCAUGGUGGUGUUUCGCAUCAAGGGUGAAAACGAAAUCACUGAGCGCCUCUUGAAACGUCUGAAUCAUCGUGGUAAUCUCCAUUGUAUACCAUCAUCGUUGAAGGGCAAAUACGUUAUACGAUUUACCGUGACAUCUACCAAUACAACUGUCGAUGACAUAGUAAAGGAUUGGAAUGAGAUAAGACGAGUAGCGUCCAUGAUACUUGACGAGAUGAAUAUCACAAUAUCAAAUAGAAAUAAAGUUUACUUAAAAGACGCUAAAGAAAAAAACGAAGCAUUCGGCUCCAGUCUCCUCCUAUCGAAUUCGCCCCUCUCACCGAAAAUAGUCAACGGGUCAUUUGCAGCAAUAUUCGAUGCAGAUGAGUUUUUGGCUAAAACCUAUGCUGGUGUACGAAUUGCUUCAAAUGUUGAAAAUAAUUUUCUGCAGCACCAGGAAUCACCAUCGAUGCGGCGACGAGUGCGCGGUAUCUUAAUGUCUGGCAAACAGUUCUCUUUGGACUCUCAUAUGGAUGUAGUUGUUCAGAGCUCUUUCGAUUCAAGUACAAACAAUUCGAGUACUGAGGCAAAUGGCACAGCAUCGCCAGUCAAGAACAUUAAGAACCCAAUUCCGAUAAGUGAAGAUAGUGAAGAGUCCACAGAAGACUAUCCAACGGCUAGACGCACUGCGACGUCACCCGCCUACUCGACGACAAAGAUCGCGGCUGAAUAUCUAAGUCAGCAUACCAUCACUUCCCCCAACACAUCGCAGCGUCGCAAAAGUACCGCCACGCAAACCCCACUAAAUCUCUACAAACCACUACAUUCCCCUUUGGAUGAAGUCCCCUAUGAGCUGUGUGAGGAAGUAUCCUCGGAGCAAAGUGUAUUGGCCAAUUCGAAUGCACGGCUAGUCGCAGCCAGUCGCAAGCUAUUUCUAGCCGACACACAUCCAAUGCUUGCAGUCUCCUCCUCAACUGCACCGGCUUCGCUGCGUACAACACCAUCGCCGUCCUCGCAACCGCAAGCGUCAUCUCUACCCAGCCUAGACAACAACAAUAUCACACAGCAACCGCAAUCACGCAUGUUUAUACGCGCCAGCACCAUGCAGGAAAUCUAUCAUGGCAAGCGCUACCUUGAAACAGGUUUAGCUGUAGGACCCUUCAACAAUUAUUUCGCUAGUACUGUAACUAACGCUAAUACACCCAGUGGUGGCACUACACCCACUACACCCAACGCCGACACACCAGGCUCUGACUCGCAGUGGGCCACGCUAUUUCAUAGUUUCGAGACUGUGCCGGCGGUAUCAGUGCGCGGCGCGAGCGCGCUGCCGGCUCGUCUCAUCAAUAUGGAGAGUGCUUCUAUGCGUUCUACCUCGACGCUACCCAGCAUCGAUGAAAGUGCGUCCGAAUGCAUGUCCGUAUCAUCCACGUCGACGCAUACCGGCGUGAGCAGCAUGCCAACACAACUUUUAUCCAAGCGACAAAGUGUAGCACGCUUUUAUAGUGCGCCAACUAGUCGGAUGACAACAGCAGCGACAGCUACUGUGUCAUCAAUUUCGGCAAACGCAACGACACUUUCCGAGGACGAAACCGAUAUAGAUGCGUGGCAGGUGGCGCGUUGUGGCAGUUCGGAAGAUUUCUCCAUUACAUCAUCGGGUGCACAGUCGCGAUCCUCGUCAAUAGAUCUGGGCUGAUUUAAGCUGGAAGUACUACUGUAAAGUAAAACAGAGAGAGGAAAAGAUAAGAGAUAGAGGAUUAGUUUAAGGAUAAAAAACUGAUAACAUUAUAGUACGUGCAUACAUACAUACAUAAAAUAGAAAAACGUGCUGUUGAACUUGUAGAGGACUUGAGGCUAAUUUGAAAAGCUAAUAAAUCAUGCAAAAAAAAAUUAAAAAGCAUGUACAUGAAUAAAAUUGAGUUAAAAGGACUUGAAGAAAGUUUGGAAAUGAGCCCAGGUAUAUAUUAAUAAUGUAGAUAGAAAAUUAAAACGCAACUAAUGAUAAAUGCAACAUAAUUAAAUGAAUUAAAUUAAUAAGCUAAUAUUUUUUGUAAUAUUUAAUAAUAUUUUUAAUAAAAUUGUGUCUGCAUUUCUUUUUCAUUUCAAUUCAUACAGAUUUUAUUUUAUUUCUUUUA